UUGGCGGCGGGAGCCAGGAAGGCUAUUUCCGGGGCGUGGCUUCUCAGCCCUGGGCCAGAAGAUGCAAGCCAGCCCCAUCCGCAUCCCAACUGUUAGCAAUGACCCGGACUGGGAUUCCUGCUUCCACCUGUCAGAGCAAAUGGAGAGCCCAGCAGAACAGCAAACAGAGGAACUGUACCCCACUUAUGGGUCUGAAGAGAGUGAAGACGACACUAAAGCCAAGAAAGAAAAGAUAGUCCUUGACUGUAUAUCUCUUCCCAAAGAGAAAUUAGUUCAGUCCCAGAAGAAAAUAGCUCAGCUAAUUAAGAAAAAAAUGAAUAUCCAAGCAAACAGGGAGCUGAUUCGAUGUGUCAUCCUCUCUCGGAUUAUUUUUGGAGAAGAACACUGGAAAUGUGCUCAGGCUUUGGUCAACCUGGCUUAUGGCUAACUGACACUGCGAGGCCUCCCAGUUCAGGCCAAGAAACAUGCCGAGUCCGCCAAGAACACACUGCUGAACUGGAAGGGAAACACGAUCUCAAAUGAAGAGAAAAAGGAAAUCCUGAAAGCUCUAGUCAUGCUCUACUACACUUUGGGGGUGGCCUGGCUCCUGCAGAACCAUGGCAGAGAGUCCUAUUUCAACCUGCAGAAGGCAGAGAGAAACAUGAAGGAGCUGAAAGAAUUAUAUAGGGGAGGAAUUUGUAGAUUACAAGUCUCAGAGAAAGACCUAACAGUUGCUUUGGGCAGAGCCUCCUUGGCCAGCCACAGGUUGAACCUAGCUCUGGCAUAUUUUGAAAAGGCAAUUGGCAACGUUCUUGCCAAGGGUGACAGGACAUCAGAUCUGAUCAGUCUAUAUGAGGAAAUUGCUCAAAUUGAGCAGCUGAGGAGGAACCACGACCAGGCCAUCCAGUACUUGAAGCAGGCCCAUUCUAUCUGUGUUUCUCUGUUCACGGAAGUCAGCCCCCAAACUGCAGAGGCAAGUGCAUUACUAGCCAAAGCUUAUGCCACGUCUAGAGAGGCCAAGCACAGGGAUACCGUUGAGACAUAUUUUAUAAAAAGUAUCAGUGCAUAUCAAGCUACACUGGGCUCAGAGGAUUCUGAAACACUGGCCACCAUUGAAGAAUUUUGCAAAUGGCUUGUUCAAAAAGGGGAAAAACAGGAGGCUUACAGACUGCUAAAGGCUUCAUUGAAGUCCCAGGUCAUCAGCUACGGUGACUACAGCGAAAAAGUGGCUGAAACAUUUUAUAACAUGGGCAGGACCUGCUUUACCAAAGGAGAGUUCAGAAGGGCAAUUCAGCUGCUAAAGAAGUGUUUGAUGAUUCAAAUCCUUAUAUAUGGAAGUGAACACAGUAAAAGCCGAGAGACGAAAAACCUCCUUUCCUUAUUGCAGAGGGCAAGUAGCAGUUCAUCCAGAUGGAGAAGAGAAGCCAUUCCAGGAAGGAGGAACUCUGCAUGCAAAGGCACAGAGGCAUGACAGAGGGCAGAGUAACCAAGGAAUGGUCUUCUGUUAAUGGUCAAGAGAAAACCUCCAUGCAAGAUAGUCAACUAAAAAGGUGACCUUACUGAUAAUAAAGAUUCUGGAUCACAAAAAUAUGUUUAUCAAGA